AGUGCCUCGAACUCCGGAACAAUCAUUGUGCAGCAUCAUUUACACUCCGGUCUGCCGGCAGAAAAGGUAAUUGUACACCCACGACAUGCCUCUGCUCCGGAUUGGUGCGGCACUGUGCCUUCUGGUAGUGCUCAUGGUUCCAUCCCCGUGCGAGGAGUUUUCUUUAAGCACUCGGGCGGAAGGCAGUGUGGCGGCCUGCACCAAAAGAUCAAUGAAGUCUCUGCGGCCGUGAAGUCGGCAGUGCUGCCGCGGUUAAACAGCGUGCAGGCCCAGUUGCGACACCUUAAGUUGCAGCGGCCAGUCUGCCCGCCACCGGUCUGUCCGAAGCCGGUUUGCCCGAAGCCAGUCUGCACGCCACCGGUCCACUGCCAGCCGCCGGUCCACGGCGAGCCGCCGGUCUACGGCAAGCCGCUGGUCCACAGCCAGCCACUGACCCGCGACUGCAGCGACCUGCCGACUGGCUCCCCCAGCGGAGUGUACCGGGUGCGGGUGAGUGAUCUGCGUAAACCGGUGCCGACGUACUGUGACACGUCCAGGAACGGCGGCAAGUGGACCGUCAUCCAGCGGCGCGCCGAUGUCACACCCAGGCAGAACUUUUAUCUCAACUGGCAGUCCUACAAGAUUGGAUUUGGAAAGCUCGAUGGCGAAUUCUUGGUGGGCAAUGAGCAACUGUUUCGGCUAACCUCGCAGGGUGGCCGACGGUACAAGCUGCUCAUUAUCUUGGAAGACUUUGAUGGCGGAAUAAGGAACGCAUCAUACCAGAACUUCAAGGUCGGGCCAGAGCGGGAUGGUUACCGCCUUCACGUGAGCGGCUACACGGGAAACGCCGGCGAUAGUUUUGGUUUUCACAACAGUGCGCGUUUCUCCACACACGAUAGAAAUAACCAACACUCGCGGAGAGCGGGAAAUUGUGCUCAGAGAUUCAAGGGUGCCUGGUGGUACAAGUCCUGCCACGAAUCCAACCUGAACGGACGAUACCUUUCCGGACCGCAUAAAUCGUUCGCCGAUGGCAUCGAGUGGAAGCGUUGGAAAGGAUUUUAUUAUUCCCUGAAAUCAGUGGAAAUGAAGAUCAGGCCAGUAUAGAAGUAAGGGCUUCAAGUCACUAA